AUGUGGAGCUGCGUGGUCUUGCAGAAGACCAAGGGUGUCAUGAGGUGGACGAGGUUGGUGAAGGGCGCCACUGGGCAAUUGAAGGCGGUCGUGCGACCUGGGCACACACAGGUGUAGGAGAGCCGUGCCGCCAUGCAGGAGGUGAUGCCCCAGCAGCUGCUGCUGCUGCUGUGUCUCUCGCUGGGAGUCAUCGGACAAAGCUCACCAGGAGGGGCCGCGUGUCCCGAGCGAGCCAAGGGCCUCGUCCCGUGGCGCCCGGGCCACGACGCGAGUCUCCGCGCGGACAUCGGCCCCGGCAAGGCCCUCCUCCUCGUGGCCUCCGCCUCCUUCCACUCGGUGCACGUGCACGGUGGAGGGAAACUCGUGAUCGCCGACCGACGGGAUGAGGCCAUCGUGGUUCGAACUCGCUCCAUCCUCAUCGAGGACGGAGGGGAGCUCCACGUGGGCAGCGAGGACUGCCCUUACCUGGGCAGCCUGACCAUCUCACUCUACUCCAGGUCGGACGAGGUGACGGAGGAAGCACACCCUUACUUCGGCCUCAAGUUCGUGGGAGUGGGACGCGGCGGGACCCUGGAGGUGCACGGAGCGCCAAAACUCUCCUGGACCUUCCUGAACGGCACCGUUCACCCCCCUCCGCCGGGCGAGGAGGAGGAGGCGGCGGCGGGUGCCGACGGGAGCCACGGGAGGAGCGGCAGCGCCGCCGUGAAGAGCUACCGCCUCGAGCGGAGCUGGGGGUACCGCGGCAUCGUGGUGCACGUGCUGGACCACAACACCGGCGCAGUGCUGUCCGUAGACCGCUUCGACACGUUCAAGAGCCGCGCCGAGUCUCGCCGCCUCGCCUCGCACCUCGACUCGCUCCCUAGCGGCCGUGUCGUCUCCAUGGCCGUCAACGACGACGGCGGCUCGCGCAACCUCGACGCGACCGCGAGGGUCGCCGUGCAGAGGCUCGGCGGUCGUGCCGUGGGCCGCCUCGCGUUCCGGCAGCCGUGGGCGUUCGUGGCCGUGAAGGGAGAUCCCAGCUCCGCCGUGGAGUCUCAGGGGUCGACUGCAGGAACCACGGGUCGAACGAUGGCGGAGGCGGCCAAACUCUUCCGCACCGCCGCCGGUGACCUCUACACCGUGUCGACGCUCAGCGAGUGGACCCAAGACGUGGAGUGGACGGAUUGGUUCAACCGGGACGACCAGGGCGGCACGGGCGAUUGGGAGAAUCUCUCGACCCUGAGGAGCGAGAAUCCCGGGGCCAUCUGCGCUCACCCCCUCGACAUCCAGGUGACGACGCUGGACGGGCUCCCGGCCGAGCUCACGCUCCAGGGAUUCCACCGCAGCAACCGGGCCUACGGCUUCGCCUGCCGCAACCAGGACCAGCAGGGCGGCCGCUGCCACAACUACCGCGUCCGCUUCCUGUGCGGCCGCAAGGCUCGCCCGUCGGUGCGGGUCACGGUGGAGCCGCUGUCCAACGCGACGGUGCUGACCCUGGCGGAGGACGCGCGGUCGUGGCGCGCGGGCGAUCGCGUGGUCGUGGCGAGCACCGACUUCUCGAUGCACCAGGCGGAGGAGUUCACGCUGCUGCCGUGCCCCGAGUGCGCCGCCAACCAGGUCAAGGUGGAAGGCAAGCCGCGGUUCACGCACGUGGGCGAGGUGGUGGACGGCGUGGACAUGAGGGCCGAGGUGGGGCUCCUGACGCGGAACAUCGUCGUGCAGGGGGAGAUGGAGCCCAGCUGCUACGGGGACAACGCCUGCCGCUUCUUCUCCUUCGACACGUUCGGCGGUCACAUCAAGAUGGCCGCGGGCUUCAAGGCGUGCCACCUGGAGGGAGCUGAGCUGCGCCACAUGGGCCAGCAGACCAUGGGGCACUACCCCGUGCACUUCCACGUCGCGGGGGACCUGGACCAGCUGGGGGGCUACGACCCCCCCACGUACGUGCGGGGCCUCUCCAUCCACCACUCCUUCUCCCGCUGCCUCACCAUCCACGGCUCCAGCGGACUCCUGGUGAAGGACGUGGUUGGCUACGACGUGCUGGGCCACUGCUUCUUCACGGAGGACGGCCCCGAGGAGCGCAACACGUUCGACCACUGCCUGGGCCUCGUGGUGCGCGCCAGCUCGCUGCUGCCCUCCGACCGCGACGUGCGGAUGUGCCGCACCAUCCGCCAGGACGCGUACCCCGGAUACGUGCCGCGCCCGCGCCACGACUGCACCGCCGUAUCAACCUUCUGGCUGGCAAAUCCCAACAACAACAUCAUCAACUGCUCCGCUGCCGGCUCGGAGGAAGGAGGUUUCUGGUUCGUGUUCCACCACGUGCCCACGGGGCCCUCGGAGGGGAAGUACGCUCCGGGCUACACCGAACACAAACCCUUCGGCAUCUUUGCCGACAACCGGGCGCACUCAAACUACAGGGCCGGGAUGAUGCUGGACCACGGAGUGAAGACGACGAACGCCAGCGAGAGGGACAAGCGGCCGUACCUGUCUCUCGUGAGCUGCAGCUAUGGCCCCCACGUGGACGCCGAUCCGUUCAAGCCGCGGGUGCCGGCCCUCAUCACGGGCUUCGUGGCCUUCCGCAACCAGGAGCACGGGGCCUGGCUCCGUGGCGGGGACGUGUGGCUCCGCCACUGCCAAUUUGCAGACAAUGGCAUCGGACUCACUCUUGCCAGCGGGGGAACGUUCCCGGAUGACGACGGCUCGAGGCAGGAGGUGGUGGACUCGUUGUUCGUGGGCGAGAGCCACAACCGGGGAUCACGCGGCGGCGGAGGAGACGAGUUCUGGGGCCCGGGGAGUCUGGACCACCGGGGGCGCACGCUGCCCCGCGGCAUCACGUUCCCCGUGCGCGGGCUGCAGGUGUACGACGGGCCGCUGCGGGUGGAGCGCGUGACCUUCCGCCGGUUCGCGGCGCUGGCCGACCGGCACGCGAGCGCCAUCGGCUUCCGGCUGAACAACGCGUGGCAGAGCUGCCCCAACAACAACCUCUCCGGCAUCGUCUUCGAGGACGUGCCCGCGGAUUCGCGCGUCUUCUUUGGCGAGCCGGGGCCCUGGUUCCGGGACAUGUCCAUGGACGGUGACAAGACGACCGUGUUCCGGGACGGCGACGGAUCCGUGUCGGGUUUCCCCGGCGCCUUCCUCGUGAAGCACGACGACGCGCUGCUGCGCCACCCGGACUGCGUCGACGUGCCCGAGUGGCGCGCGGCCGUGUGCAGCGCCAGAUACGCACAGGUCUACAUCCAGGCGAGGAGCCCGUCGGACGGGCGGCUGUCGCUGGUACGGGACGAGUUCCCCGGGCAGGCGCUCACGCUGGAGGGCGCACUCGCCCGUGGGCUGCACUACCAGCAGUACCAGCCGGUGCUCAUGCUGUCCAAGGGGUACACGGCGCACUGGGACACGCGCGCCCCCCACGAGCUCACCGUCUGGCUCAUCAACUUCAACCUCAACGACUGGGUGCGCAUCGGCUUCUGCUACCCACGCGGCACGACGUUCAGCGUCCUGACGGACGUGCACGACCGCCUGCGCCGCACCACGCAGCGCACGGGCACGCUGGCGCGCGUCGCCUCGCUGCAGCGGCUCGAGCACCCGCCCCGCGGCGCGCACGCCUCACCCUCCUCCACCGGAUUCUACUUCUUCGACGAGGACACUGGGCUGCUGUUCCUGCGGCUGCAGGCACAGGCCCCGCGGGAGGGCGACGCGUUCUGCUCGACCCGCGGCUGCGAGCGCGUCAAGGUGAAGGCGAGCCUUCCCACCGGCGCCAGCACCGUGGCGGCGGACUGUCGCGCCAGGGCCUACCCCAAGUACGCCGAGCCCCCCACGGUAGACGUCCCCAUGCCCAAGCGGCGGCCCAGCAUCUACGCCGAUAGCUGGCCGGGCAACUUUGUGGAGGUCCAGGUGGAGUCUGCAAAUUCGUGGCACCCCAGCCCAAAGCACAACUAUGCCACCACCACUGUAAACGGCCAGGCAUACUACCAGCUGGAGGAUGGUCUGCAGGUGAUCUCUCUCAACGGCUCAACCGGCACCCUCGUCUCUCGACGCGUCUUCAAGGCCUCCCAGCUCCGCUCCAUCCCAACCUUCCUGCUGUACCACCUCACUCACAACGUGCCGGACGGCUCCGUUGUGCUGGUGACCUCCAAAGGGAAGUUCGUCACGGAGGACGGCAAGUGGAAGAAGGCUCUCGCAACCAUCGGAGUGGAAGCCGGAGCCAAAUACCUGGACAAAAUGGUGCUCGUGGGUUUCAAGGGCGGCUUCCGGCCGGACUGGGUGAAGUUCGCGAGCAGCAAGCACCACGCCAAGAUCCACCAGCUCGUGUCCGUGCCCGUGCUUCGGAAGUUUUCCACGGCGUACAGCGUCGCCGAGCCGCUGUGAAGGACGCCAUCGUCGAGUUGAACUCUGACCCCUCCCACACCCUCCCCCCCAGUCCCCAACUACCAGCUUCAAGGCAAAAGUCCACUGAUGGCUGAGUGAAUGUACGAUUUCGUGGAAGUGCUGAGGGCGUCGUCGUUUCGCGGAUGAUUUUUUUUGUUGUUGCUGCGCGCGGACGGAGAGCGGCGACAAACGUGCAACCCACGCGGGCGGGGGGUUUUUACGUGCACUUGCGACGACGAGGUGUUCCCUGCGAGGAGUUGUGAUCCGUGGAAUCGCGAUCGUAAUUGGGACGCGGACAAAGCGGCGCAGUUAGGAUUAACGAAGGGCGGGAUUUCCCAGAUGCUGGUGCUCGCGAGCCACCGCAGUAUUGCUGUCCACGUUUUACCGAUGUUCAGUCAUUCAGAUACAAACGUGGCUACGUACUGCACACGCCCGAUGAUUGGUAAAUGCGCAUGUAGAUGUGUCGGGCUUGAUGUGCGGAGCGCCGGUUCUGAUUCACGUCAUCCGAGAUUGAAGCGGCACUCUCGACGGCAACACGGAACCGUGUCUACUAAUCAUCGGACACGUGCGAUGCGUAACGAGUUCAAUUGACAGUGAAUGGAGAAGAUCGCUAAAUCUGGGAAUGCGGACAGACUGCGUGCGGUUGGUCGCGAGGAGUAGAAUUCACGAAACCCUCGGGUAAGGUUGGGAUUUGUUGUUGUGAGAACAAGGACCGGGCAUGUUGGCAUUGUAUCUAGAAGGUAAGCGAGUUGUUUUCCAAACAAGAGCCAGGGCUUCAUUUUGUCUGGGCCUUCUGGGUCAGCGCUUGUGGCGACUUAGUCACGUGCCAAAGAACUCCAGUCUACCAGCGACCCAGAUAGUGUCGAGUGAGAUAUUUUAGCCCUGAUAAAAGGGAAUGUGGUGCGUUGAAGUGAAUUCUGAACAGUGUACAUAUACGGUGUUUCGCUGCAGAGAGCUGUUGAGCUAACGCGUAGAGCUAACACGACACUGAUGCACAGAACCUACUGUUACAACAACGACGGAAAAAACCUGCAGCAUUGUGUUAAACUUCGGUUUCAUUGUUCAUAUUCGAUUCAGAAAAGUUGAACGCAAUAUUUAACUAUCGGUCAUCUUUUGCGACGUCGGGAUAAUGAUAUUUAAACAUCACUCGGUCGGUCAAAACCUUCACAUUAGCCAGGUGAUAGCUUAUUGAGUCUCUGAAAAAAAUUACCCAGAAUGACCGCCCGAUCUCAUCACAUCUCGGAACUAAGAAGAGUUCAAAAGAUGUCAGUUCCGGAAAGUACAUUGUUGUACUGUACUAUUCUCCCACGUCUAUGGUUCUUCCCAGGGCUUAAUGUCAGCCGGACCUGUCUGGUGGCUGAGCUCCAGAAAAUAAUUCCCCCCCCCCCAGCCCUUUUCUCCACUCUCAUAGGGGGCUAGGUUUGGGGGGGGCAGCGGUGGGGGGACAGUAAAUAUUGCAUGAAAAAAAAUUAAGCCCUGUUCCCCCACCUUCACUAUCCCGCACUGAUGGGCGUGGUAAAGUAUGCUCAAACAACCCAUAUAAGCCAGCCAUGGCAUGCGGAUAAUCCUCUCGUCCAGCGGUGGAUUCGACAAAACGAACUGGACACGCACCCUAAAACUAAACUUCUUUUACCGGGCAAGGCCCACUGAGCUGUAUAGCUCUUUUUCAGAAGCGACAUGGCCACAAAUGAUAACAAAGUGGCUCAUCAUGUGAAUUAUCUCUAAGCACAUGUUGAUUCUAAAUGUGGAAGGUUAAACCAGAGGACCAGGAGAAAAAUCCACGCGACCACGAAGAGAGAGACACGCAAACUCCAAAUAUACAGGCAUCAGGGUCGGGAUCGAACCCACGAUCUCCUGUAUACCAGGUGAGGUGGCUAACAUCUUGUCGCCGUGGCACCCGCACGACGACAGCACAACCGAGACCACGAGAGAGACCGCGGAUUACGCCGGAUUGACAGCCGAGCGCGGGCUCUUCGUCCCGAAAGGAACCGCUGGGGUUUAGCGAUCGGAGCUCAAGAUUGCGGCCGGAUUGAGCCUGUUGUCCAGGCGACUGCGUCCGGUCGGUGGCCGGUUCACGAGAGAAGGGAGCCAACUCAAGUGUCCCCGGCUUGUUGGGGACAGCCUGACCGUGGUGCUAGCGCUCUCUUGCUUUCACUCGUGACCGUCGAAUUCACCACUCGGAUUCUUCCUUUGCGUGCUUUGCUUGAUCACAUUUUGUGAAUGCGUGCUUCUAAGAGGUGGUGGGGCGGGAACGAGAUGUUAAAAUUGUCGAGCUCACCCCGUUUUCAAGUCGAGUCUUUGUGUGGCGGCGGCGGUGUCGCCAUCGUGCAUUAUUAUUUAUACUGCAGCUUCUGUUGCCGUACAUCUUAGUGGAAGUGGCCAUCGAACGUGCAGGUGGUGCAACUGCACCAGGGCACCAGGGGCCAGUCUAUGACGGAGGGGAGGGGGGGGGUGAUUGGGUGUAGGGCCCCACACAUUUAAUUCCUUGCACCAGGGCCCAUGCAAAUCCUGCUUCUCCACUGACCGACUGUAUUAAUUAUUUUGUAAUAUAACUCUUGCAACGCUGAUAUGGGGGAAGGCACGCGCCAACAUAUUUAACUGCUGCAAGUGUGGGUUAGCAUAGAUAUAUCUCGUUACCAAAACUGUCACGUUGUAUAUAGUUUUUUUUGGAGGGGGGGGGGGGUUGGCGGGGUGGAGGUGAUGUUACAGUAUGGGGGACGCGAGUUCUUUCUAAUUGUAAAUUCUGCACUUGAAAUCUCCAAUUUUGGGUUGGGGGGGGGGUAGUGGUGGAGACAUUCAGGAGGAGCCCUUUGACAGGAGGAAGAUUCCACCACCACCAGCACCCCUCAAGCCUCGCAGUUUCUAAAACGCCAUCUCGAAAGAGAUACGACACGAAGCGUGAAUGUGCCUGGCAUGGUGUUACUCCACGCGUGUGUACUCGGUUCAACCCUAACGAGAUGCUUCCAUCGACUGGACUGCUUCUGUAUGAGGAUUUCAUUACCAUCGUUGUUUUUUUAAUGUUGUCAUUGUCGCUGUUAUUGAUAACUGCUAGGAGUGGAACAAUGCACCUUUUUGAUGUCGGCCAAUUUCAAUUAUUUAGCACUUAGUUGCCACGCGUCGAAUCGCGUGCGUAAGAAUUGGAGAUGUUUUGAGAUCCGUUAUUAGUUUAUUGUGGGCUAGAUCAUGUAGGUAUAAUGUCAAACUGAUAAAUAUAACCCUCCAUCACCAAACAGAGCCAUCCACAUCACGUUGGCACGUUGGUAAACAUGCCAAUUGAUUUGGGGGCUGUUUUUUGUCAACACACCGGUGAGCUAAAGCAGUGAACUAUUUGUCUUUUGUCAACGUGACACUUUUUUACUGAUUGGCCGUGUCGGGUGGUGGAGGGUUACGACACAUUUAUAAAUAACGCGAUCUAAACCCAAAAACGUUGAUUAUGAAUAACAUUGGUCGCGAAAGCCUACGUGUUAAACAAACCAAAAGAAUGUUGGAAAGCAAGCAAAAUAGUGACAUAUUCUUGGUUCUUUCGGUAAAGUCACGUAGAAGGGAAAUAAUAAAUUAAUAAACUGAAAGGUUAUUACUUUAUUGAAUCCCUGCAGUCACGAAAGCUUUAAAUCAAAAAUCUUGACAAUUCACUUUUUUUCGCUGAAGUCAAGGCAUUAACAGAAGCUAAAACAAUUGUAGUCUGCGCUCCUUAAACGGGUGAAUAACGACACGAACUCUCUCAUGAAACCCUCUCGUGGCUGUCUGACCUCGACAUUGGCAUUUAUCUCCUGAAGAUAUUGCCAUAGACAAAAUUCGACUGUCCUGUGGCCAAUUCACAUUUCCCCCUGCAGCCACUAGCGGUGCUAUACCAUUCACCUUCAUAUGAAAACAAAAAAAUGGAAACUUGAUUCGCGGAUCAUGAUGACAAUUCGCGUAAAUUGCCGGAAGGAUUGGUGGAUUGUUUCACUCCUAACCAAGACAGUGCUGUAAUUUGUACACUAACACUAUACAUUAACUGUAGUUCAAGAUGAUGCUUUGGUUGGUAACGCUGCUUACGCCAAAUAUAUAGCUUGACAGCUAAGUAAGAUUAAGCGACUGCAAUGGGACACUUUAAUCUGUCUACUUGACUCUUAGCACAAUUUAAGGCAUAGAUUAGAGGAAAGUAAAUCAUUUGCAUUGUGUGUGUGUGUGUGUGCGGUGCAUGAUGUGGACAAUGUAAUUUAUUGAAAUGCAUAUAAUUCUCCCGAGAAUUAAUAACUUUUGUAACUUAAACAAUAUAUAGCUUUCUGAAAUCAUUCCGUUUAGCAAUUGCAUUGUACGUUAUUACGACUACUGUAGCACUUAAAUUGGCCUUUGGCACAGGCUCUGAGUCAUUGUGUCCAUUUUUUUUUUCAAAAAGUGGAGAAGAAACUAUACAGUAACCUGUAAUUAUACCGUGCAAAUUUUAAUGAGCAAUUACCCUUACGAGGCUUGAACGACCCACUAAAGAUUAUGUCGUUUGGUUUUUGAAUUUCUCCAUUACAAAAAUUAGGGCACCCCAUUCUUUUUGGUUGGCGUGUGGGUGUGUUGGAUGCGCGUGUGUCUGCAAUGUGCGCUGUGCUUGCAGAAAAUGUGCUUUGAGCAUUGCGACACAAAUAUUUCUCAAUUAAAACGAAACAGAAAACCGA